GAUGAUCUUUGGCUACGGAAGGCGCAUCUGUCCAGGACGCUACAUUUCCGAGCUCUCUCUAUGGGCUGCCAUAGUUUGUAUGCUGUCCACUGUUCGGAUCACGAAAGCCAAAGACUCGGAAGGCAAGUAUAUUCCAGUGAUUCCGGAGCAUACUACUGGUCUCGCUGUGUUAGCAGGAGAUUAGGACUCUUGUAGCAUGCCUUCAAGUUAUUGAUCUGAUCCUGAGUUAUGAUGAUACACAAUGGACUACUAGCCCCUAAGAAUUGAAAUGUAGCUCGGUGAACAGCAAGGAGCUAAUCUGUUGAUUUUUGCAACGAGA